GAAGGACCCGGAGGGGAGAACCGGCGCUGUCUCCUUGCCGCUGUCCCUGGGGUGGCCCGUGUCUCACCCGCGGGGAAAGAACAAGGGCAAGGGGCACCGGGCGGGCUCUCCUCCCAGCGGUGUAGGUGCGUGCGUACCGGACGGAGAUCGGGGCCGCUCCGCUGGUGCACGGCAGUAGUGCGAGAAGAGCCAUGGGAGGGACGUCCAGCACCCGACGGGUCACCUUCGAGGCGGACGAGAACGAGAACAUCACUGUGGUGAAGGGCAUCCGGCUUUCAGAAAAUGUUAUUGGGCGAAUGAAGGAAUCUUCUCCAUCUGGUUCAAAAUCUCCAAGUACCUCUCGUGGUUAUGGUUCUAAAGCUAAUGAAGAAGAAAUAAGAAGAAGAGUAGCUGAAGAAUUGGCCCUGAAAGAGUCUGAAAAUCUGAAAAGAGUAAAACAUGGAAAAAUCCAGGCACAUGAGGAUAUCAAUAAGCUUCUGGAAAAAGAGAGGGCUCUCACUAAUGAGCAGUUAACUCGAGCCAUUCUUCGAGAGAGAGCAUCUAGUGAAGAGGAUAAGUCUAAGGUGAAGCAUCUGGGUGAAGAAGGAAGGCCUAUGUGUAAGGAAAAGCUGCACUGGGUGGCUAAGCAGCUGGAAGAGAAAGACAGAGUAUUAAAGAAACAGGAUGCUUUCUACAAAGAGCAGCUGGCUAGACUGGAAGAACGGAGUGCAGAGUUUUACAAAGUUACCACAGAACAAUACCAGAGGGCUGCUGAGGAAGUGGAAUCUAAGUUCAAGCGCUAUGAGACUCAUCCAAUUUGUGCUGAUCUUCAAGCUAAAAUUCUCCAAUGUUAUCGGGAAAACCCUCAGCAAACACUCAGCUGCUCUACUCUGGCCAACCAGUACCAGCACUGUGUCAAUCAUGCCAAACAGAGCAUGCUUGAAAAGGGAGGAUAAAGCCGACUUCCAAAGCAAGCAAAAGCCUAUCAACUUUAAUUCCAGCAGUGGAGCAUUUUUUCCCCCAACAAUACAAAACCUAUUUAAAGGGCAGACCACUAAGGAGAGAACUGGGAGAGCAGAUUCAACAGCAACAACCAUCACAAGUCAAUCAGCAGACACUUGAAAAGCCAAGACCGAUAUCUUAUUACAUCAGAAAUCUGACCUGUUAAAGCGCAAGGCUGAAAUAGAAUGUUUUGUGGGUGGGUCAGGAGAAGAGGAUGUACAAGGUGAGAGGGAGGGCAGUAUCAGAGAGAGUAGGGGAGGAGGAAAAGCCCUGUGAAUGAGAGCUACGCCCAGAGAACUAAACUGUCUGAGCUUCCUAUAGAAUGCUGACUUUGUCUUCUUUCUUUUCUCCUUUGAUAUGAGAGAAAUUUUUGUUUCUAACUUAUUAUAGUGAUCAUGUAAUUAAGAAAAGGAAAAAAAUGUCUUUCUUUUGCUGGAAUAAUGUCUGUGAUUAUAGGUGAAAUAUGGCCUUCUUAUCAAUGUAAAAGCAACUUUUGAAGUGUGUAUAUAUGUAUAUAUGUACACAUAUAUACAUAUAUAUAUAUAUAUAUACAUAUAAAAGUUCCUUUACCAUGAAUACUGACAACCAUGCCUCACUCAGUAUCAAUAAUAAAUAUAUUUUAUGAACAAGA